CUGUUUUCCUGCACAUCAGACAUGCUGCGCUACCAUCACUCACUGCUCUCUUUCACAUAACCAAUUAAGCUGUCAAUCUACCUACCUGCCACCUGUCGUGUGUGUGCGGGUGUGUGAGUGUGUGUGUCUAAAUUAACUGAAUUAAAAUGAACUGAGAAGCAUUUGAUUAAUUCGUACAUUAUCCUGUUGCGAUAUAACCUAAGGCACCAUAAAAUAAUUAUUUUACUGAAUCUAAAUUAAGCUCAUGAAAAAAUACGAAAAUUCAAAUAGAUAGUAAUAUCAUCAUUUUGUAUAAUAUAUACUUUGUUUUUAACGAUUCUUUACAGAGUUCAUUUUACAAUUGAUCCACCUGCCCGUGACGUCAUUAGCCAGAAUAUACAGUAACUUACGUUAAACUAAAUGGAGUUUAAGGCGCUUCUGCUGUUUGUGAUUACUUUGUGUUUCAAUGCACUGACCUCGCCACAGGAAAGCUGUGGGCAGCGACCCCUAGUCGCACCCCCUGGUUUGUCCCGUAUAGUGGGGGGCCGGGAGGCUCCCGAGGGGGCUUGGCCUUGGCAGGUCAGCAUCCAGAUCCAGUCAAUGCACCACUGCGGCGGGACGAUUGUCAGCAGCCUCAGCGUGCUAACUGCAACACACUGCUUCCACAAAUUCCUAGGCAUCAGCACAAGCCAUUUCCGUGUGGUGGCAGGACUCCGUGCGCUAUCUGCUCCAGGAGAUCAAACCCAGAUCCGCUCCAUCAGUAAGGUCAAAAUGCACAAGGACUACAAUGACGUCACGUCCGACAACGAUGUGACACUCAUCCUCCUCAGCUCUCCCUUUGCCUUCACUGACUACAUCCAGCCCGUCUGCACUCCUCAUGAUGUGACUCAUGAGUUCAUCCUCAACUUCAGCCAAUGUUUCAUCACCGGAUGGGGGAGCACCUAUUACAGAGGGAGGCGGACUAACAGGCUGCAGGAAGCUGAGGUGGAGCUUAUCGACAGGAGAACUUGUAACCUGAUGACCUGGUACAAUGGCCUCAUCACUGAAAACAUGAUCUGUGCCGGCCUGGAGAGCGGGGCAUCUGAUUCCUGUCAGGGUGACAGCGGCGGCCCCCUGCAGUGUUACAGCGAGGACGAAGACAGGUUUUAUUUGGUCGGAGUGACGAGCUUUGGGUACAUGUGCGGAGUUCCUCGCAAACCAGGGGUGUACGCCAGAACCAGCAGGUAUGCAGCUUGGCUGAACACCAGUCAGACAGCAUCAGCGCCUGCUGCACACGGACUGAACACGGGACUGAUCUUAGCUCUGCUCUGUGUGCCUCCGAUGCUGCUGCUGAACAUCCACGCAGUCCACCCACAUUAAUACAUUUACAUCAAGCUCAUUAGGUUUCUCAUCUGUUCAAAUGGAAUUAGUAUUUACACGUAGUGAAAAUAGUUUUGUGAUGUAUUUUAGGCAUGGACAGGUGAUAAAUGCUGGUUUUAUCUAAACAGCGAAUAUGGACAACAUAUUAUCAAACAAUACAAUUAAUACAUAGGGAGCAAAAAUCUAGCUAUUAGCUACUCAAUCCAUCUCCACCUCAGACAUCCACCCCCCGACCCACCACCCUCCAGAUCUAUCAAGAGUGAGGUUGACUGGUAAUAGAAUCAAUAAAACAUGCAAAACCAUUAAGAGUUGGGAGGAACCCGUCAGCCAAUUACUUAAGAGAGCUUAUUAUUUUUAUUAAAAUAUGAAAGUAGAAGCUCAAGUUAUGUUAAUAUGUUCAUAAACUGCAGUAAAAGAAAUCCAGUUUUACUUGAACUUGUAAGACUGCCACCUGGUGGAAGGAAGAUGCUUUUUUAUUUUAAUGCAGCAGCAGUUUCCUGAAGUUUCCAGAGAGGUUUGGAAGGAAAAUAAGAAAGAAAGCACGAGAAACGCUGACGAAGGAUUUUUCUUUUUUCUUUUUUUAUUCGACAUGAAACACAUCCAAUAACAGUGUGACAGUUUUUUUUUUUUUUUAGUCAAGUAAGACAUGUUAGAAGUUACUGCACCAUUGACUAGUUCAGAAUGUCUGUGCUGCAGCUCGACGAUGCAUAGUGAACAGAUAGUUGUUGAGGUAUACAUUGUGGGCCCUUGAGGUUCUUUUUUGUGUGAAAGAUCCUAAUUUCAUUACCUCACAUGUACAUUUAAAUUUUGUGCUUGAAUAACUUUGGAGGUUUGAAAUGCACGCCAUUCCUCACAAUUGGACAACUGAAAUAAAUAUAAAAAUGGAAACGGUGGAUAUGUAGAAUUGUUUUGUCCAUGUUGAGUUGCUCACCAGGAGGGUUUUGAUCAGAUCUCGGAGCUGAAGAAAACUGAUAUUGAUAUACAAUUAUAGAACCGAGCAGUCAGUGAAAUGUUGGCAUGGAAAAAGAAUGACUUAUAUUCACACGAAGAGGACAUACAGGAAGAAAACGUCUCUGCGUUAUGACAUUGGAGGGAAAAAAGGCUGUCAACUUUCCCUUAUUGAAUAGCACCAACGUCUAUUGAAAAGGCUUCGAAGGCCAACGUGACAUUAUAAAACUUUAUUAAAACUUGUCGAAGUGAAAUUGUAGCAACAAAGCAAUUAUAACACAGCAGCUCAGAAGCUAUAAUGUGCCCAAAUACUGGCUCACCUACAUGUCAUCAGUACCCGUCGCUGAUGAAAAGUGGUUUACUGACGUGUUGUGCUUCACAUCAAGCUGCUUUGAAAUCAAAACGGUUUGCAGAAGUUGUGCCAUUUUAAAAGAAAGAUUAUACCGGGAAUUUCUUGAUGAAACCCCCAUGAGACAUAUCCGAUUCCAAACUGGGAUCGAAUCAAUUAAAAUACAGUGGUGACGACAUGAAAAAAAGAAUUUAAAAAAAAAGUUCAAUAUUUUGGGAUUAUUUUCUUA